UGUAUGCAAAUUUUUCUAUUUUUAAAAACACAUAUUUCUUCAAGCGUACGUAAAAGAAAUCGAUGAUCUAUUUCACCUUCCUCUCCCUCGAGAAGAAGACUUCUGUUCCAGAGGAGAAAUCCGAGGGUAUCGGGGAAGCACUGAGAUGGGAUGCUCGUUCUCGGGGUUGAAUGCUCUCUACGACGCCGUUAGUGGCGGCGGGGACGUGUGGAUCAAUCAUAAUCGGUUCAGGAUACUGAAGCAGCUCGGAGAAGGUGGCUUUGCUUUUGUUUAUCUUGUCAAAGAGGUCGUCAGAGACGGUGCCCCUGGAAGCGGAUUGCUCACCAGGAAGAAUUUGAAGAACCCUACGCAUGUCUCAGAUGAUGGAACAUAUGCGCUGAAGAAGGUCCUAAUUCAAAGUGAAGAGCAAUUAGCGUUGGUAAAGGAGGAGAUUCAUGCUUCGUCACUCUUUGGCCAUGCUAACCUACUUCCACUCCUUGAUCAUGCUAUUAUUGCCGUCAAGGGGCCACAAGAGGGAGCAUGGAACUAUGAAGCGUACUUAUUGUUCCCAGUGCAUAUGGAUGGGACUUUACUUGAUAAUGUCAAAGCAAUGCAAUCAAAAAAAGAAUUCUUCUCAGUACUUACUGUUCUUCAAAUAUUCCGUCAGAUCUGUGCUGGACUGAAGCACAUGCACAGUUUUGAUCCUCCAUAUGCUCAUAAUGAUGUGAAACCUGCUAAUGUCCUGAUCACACAUAGGAAGGGAGAACCACCUCUUGCUAUAUUGAUGGAUUUUGGGAGUGCCGGGCCGGCUAAGCGGGAAAUUCGUUCUCGUUCAGAUGCUCUAAAAUUGCAGGACUGGGCUGCCGAGCACUGUUCUGCACCUUUCAGAGCUCCAGAGUUGUGGGAUUGCCCAAGCCAUGCUGAUAUUGACGAAAGAACGGAUGUUUGGGCUUUGGGAUGUACAUUGUAUGCAUUAAUGUACGGUGUGUCACCUUUUGAGUAUGUACUAGAUUCUGGAGGGAGCUUACAGUUAGCUAUAAUGAAUACUCAGAUAAAGUGGCCAUCUGGUCCUAACCAACCAUUUCCGGAAUCACUCCAUCAGUUUGUUUCUUGGAUGCUGCAACCUCAACCAUCCAUCCGACCUUACAUUGAUGAUGUAAUCCUUCAUGUCGAUAAACUUAUAUCAAAUUUGUCAUAGAAUCUAGAUCCUAUUACUCAUUUGAUUUGUAUUUGUUGCAUCUUCUCAUCUUUUCCUUAUAGGCAUAU